CACGGCUGAAGCCCAAACGGUGUGAACAAAAAUUUGCAGAAGCAGGACCUCAGCAACUUGGACGUGACCAAACUCACCCCUCUUUCGCCAGAGGUCAUCUCCCGCCAGGCCACCAUCAACAUUGGUACCAUCGGUCAUGUAGCCCACGGUAAAUCCACGGUGGUCAAGGCCAUCUCCGGUGUGCAGACUGUGCGUUUCAAGAACGAGCUGGAGCGGAACAUCACAAUCAAGCUGGAACGCUUAAGCGAAAAGAAAAUCAAAAAACUUAUGAGCUCCAGGCAGCAGCGACAGCAGUAUGAACACAAGCAACGUUCCAUCCUAAGGCACCUGUCUGAAAUGCGGCACCACAACCGUUUGCGUCGUCUCUGCACGAUGCCAGCUCCAUUCUCCGUGCCAUCUUCUUCGUCCAGCGUGGACAGACGCACCAGCCGGCGGAGCAGCAGCCAGACCUCACUGAGUCCCAGCAACAGUAGCGGCUAUGGCAGCGUCUUCGGCUGCGAGGAUCAUGACGUGGCCGCAUCUCAAAUCCACAAGGCAUUCGCCAAUCUGAAGCGACGACGCAGCUGCGGUGCAAGCACACCGACUCCCGACGCUAAACGGUCCAAGAACAACCAGGGACUGAUGGUCAAAAAGCCGCCCAAGGGCGAGUACAUUGUGGAACGCAUUGAGUGCGUGGAGGUAGAAAAAUAUCAGCCUGUCUUCUUUGUCAAAUGGCAGGGAUACUCCGCCAGCAAGAACACCUGGGGCCUUGCCAACGUGGCCGACUGCGCCCAAAUGGAGGAGUUUUUGGAGCGGCAUCAGCAGCUCUACGAGACAUACAUUGCCAAGAUAACCAGUGAACUUGAGGGGCAGCUGGAGGCCUUGCCGUUGAUGGAGAACAUCACGGUGGCCGAUGUGGAUGCCUUUGAUCCGCUUAAUCUGCAGCUUGACCUCAUUCUACUGGCCCAGUACCAGGCUGCGAGCAGUCGUAGCCAGAAGGAGCCGCAGAAGAUCGGAGAGCGAGCCCUGCGCAACAUGCAGCUCAAGCGGGCACAAUUUACACGGCGCAAGCAGCUGGUUGACCUCGCAAAGUUUGAGGAGCGCAUGAAUAAUGUGGAGCAGCCGUCGCCACCAAUACGAGUGGAGAACAACGUGGAUCUGGAUACCAUAGACAGCAAUUUCAUGUACAUACAGAAGAACAUAAUCGGCGAGGGAGUGCCCAAGCCGGAAGCGGGGAUUCUGGGCUGCAAGUGCAGUGACGAGGAUGGUGUCGAGGAAUGCGCUCCCUCCACAAAGUGCUGUGCCCGUAUGGCCAGCGAGCUGUUUGCCUACGAGCGGAGCACACGGCGCUUGCGCCUGCGUCCAGGAAGCGCCAUCUUCGAGUGCAAUAGCCGCUGCUCAUGCAAGGAGACCUGCUCCAAUCGCCUGGUUCAACACGGACGCCAGCUCCCGCUGGUGCUGUUCAAGACGAGCAACGGCAGCGGCUGGGGUGUGAAGACCCCGAAUGCCCUGCGAAAGGGUGAAUUUGUGUGCGAGUACAUAGGGGAGAUCAUCACCAGCGACGAGGCCAAUGAGCGCGGCAAGGCGUACGACGACAAGGGCAGGACAUAUCUAUUUGACUUGGACUACAACACGGCUCAGGAGAGCGAGUACACAAUCGAUGCGGCAAACUACGGCAAUAUCUCGCAUUUUAUCAACCACUCGUGCGAUCCAAAUCUCGCCGUGUUCCCCUGCUGGAUCGAGCACUUAAAUGUGGCACUGCCGCACCUCGUGUUCUUCACGCUGCGUCCCAUUAGGGCCGGCGAGGAGCUGAGCUUCGACUACAUUCGCGCGGAUAACGAGGAUUUGCCCUACGAGAACCUCUCGACCGCUGUGCGUGUUGAGUGCCGCUGCGGAGCGGACAAUUGCCGAAAGGUCCUUUUUUAAACGGAUGCACCCAUUAUUUUUUCUUAUUAUGGCAAAAAAUCCUUUAAAUUGCAUUGAAUUAUAUUUUUUUCAACACAUUUGUUGCUAGUUGGCGCUUGCUUGCCAUCUGUACGCAGAUUUUAUAUUAUGAGCAAUCAAUUGAUGGCAUUUUAAUUAUUUAUUUGUUAUUCUUGCACUGCCAAAUGCGAAUAUCGACGAAUUGUGGAUUUAUAUUAAGUUUGGACAAAAUACGACUAGAGAAUAAAACAGAAAUUCCGCAUACUUUGUACAUGUAA